UGCUUGUUUCUGGGUUUUUCGUUUGGGAAGAUACAGAGUUUUUUUCUCUGUUUUUUCACUUUCUUAAGAAGAUGUGAUGUUCACAUUUUUUAGGCAAAACAAGCAUAGAAGUUUCAUAGAAAAUAUUCACUUGUGUAGGUAUUUUUGUUUUAUGGCGGAAAAUAAUACAUAUCAGAUGGAUCCGGGUCCACUCGACUCGUCCGUAUUGAAUGAACAACUCACCCAUAGGUCACAGGAUAUAUGGGAUGGAAAGGAUAAUGUGAUUUUGAAUACAAGGAGAUGUGAUGGAAAUUUUUGGGACUUCGUAAAGGAACAUCCAAUUGAUACACGAGUCUUGGAAGUGAUUAGACUAUCGGGAUUGUACGGUGUUUAUAGAUCUCAUCGACCUACUAUUGAUCGUAGUUUGAUUACUUCAUUAGUUGAAAGAUGGCGUCCUGAAACUCAUACGUUCCACUUUAGGACGGGAGAAGCGACAAUCACCUUGCAAGAUGUAGAGGUGUUGUAUGGCUUACCCGUGAAUGGUGAUCCAGUACUUGGGAAUGAGUUGGCGAGGAGCACAGAGGAUUGGAAAGACAUUUGUCAAAGAUUAUUAGGUUUUAGUCCACUUCCUGGAGACUUUAAAAAAAAUAGCCUCAAGGUAUCGGCACUUAAUCAACACAUGCUACGUCAUCCAAAAUUACUUGACACGGCAACACAAGAUAUGGUCAAUCAGAAGGCUAGAUGUUAUAUGUUUUGGAUGAUUGCUGGUAUGAUGAUGGCGGAUACAUCUGGAAGUAAUUUGAAGCUUAUGUACUUACCUAUGCUUGAGGACGUCAACACAAUAGGAUCUUACAGUUGGGGUAGUGCGACUCUAGCAUGCUUGUAUCACUAUCUUUGUAAGGCCUCACAGGCUAAGCAACAUGAGAUAGCGGGAUUCCUACCACUACUACAGGUUUGGGCAUGGGAGAGAAUUACUAUUCUCAGGCCCCAGAUAUUAGCACAAAGGGACGCGAAUACUGGUUUACCUAGGGGUCCACGCGCUACUAGAUGGUUUGCACAUUUUAGUUGGACCGACACUACCCAAUAUGUGUUGAAAGUUUUUAGGGAUGCACUUGAUUCCAUGACGGAGGAUCAGUUUAUUUGGGAACCAUAUUCUGAUGAAUUAAUUGAGAGCCUUCCCGAUUAUUGUCGUGUUGGACGAAAUAUAUGGCGUGCUAGAGUCACAAUAUUUUGUUGGGAUGUUGUCGAGGUUCACUUGCCUGAUCGAGUUAUGAGGCAAUUUGGAAUGAUACAGGAGAUACCACCAACUUCGUUUGCAUUUGAUCCCACACAUUUCAACCACGAUCGUCGGGGAAGGCCAAAUACAAAUUGGGAAUUGGAGCAUGCACAAUGGUUGCCAUUUUGGCACCAACGACUUCGAUACGUUAUUAAUGCACCGGUCAAUCAUGACUCACUUCGGUACGAUGACCCCUACCUUGUUUGGUUCAGACGCAUUACUCGUCUUGUUAUUGGUAAUCCUACUUCGCGUCCUCAGCGGCAACAAGGUUAUGUGCCUAAUGCAACGGCUUAUGAAGCAAUGGUGCGUUAUAUUCAUUCAGUGGUUGAUAAAGCAAAAUCACUCGGUGAUCAGCCAUUAUUUGAGGAAUUUUACAUGUUUCGUGCAAUGGUGCGGAGUGAAGGCGAGGAAAAGGUGGUGUUGCUGGUAAGAGGGAACGUGCUAUUAAGAGAGGUCAAGUGUCUAUCGAAAUGGAUGAAAUGCAUCAGGAAGAUGCCCAAGCAGUCCCGGAAGAUGAUCCAGCAACAACAAAUUGUAAUAUUAGUUCCACUUCAAGAGGCGACACUCACGAAUUCACUCAGGCAUCAGCUAUGACAUAUCAACCAACAACUACUCAAAUUGUACCAUACAUGAAGCCACA